CAUCAGCCACUUCCCGCUCCCAGAUUCGGGUUAACUGACGCUGGUUGCAGCCGUUUGUGGGCUCCUCAGGUCAUUACCGCAUGGGCCAGUUCUGUACGCAGCAGGUCACAGAUCCCCUGUCGUACAGACCAGUGCUAGUCCUACGUCAUGGGUCAGAUUAUCACAUCAGGUACGAGUCAGCCCCAACUCGCGAUUCGCGAAUCAUGCUUGGAUCCUUGGUCUCGCAGAUGAUAAGGAUAGGGAUGACAAUGUUGAAUGAUUAUGGGGCUAGUCUGCUAGAUUUGGACGCUUACAGGCCUCCUUUUAUUUUUAUUUUUAUUUUAUUUUUUUUUCCCCUUUUAUCCGGUGGUACAGCGACCAUGAUUUCCAGACAGAAUAGUUUAAACUCAGAAAGGGAUAAGGUUGACGAGGAACAAUCAUCUAAGAGCUGAUAUUUGUGAUUUUGCUAGUCCGCUUAGCCAAGUGAUGGUGGUUAGAAGGCUGGGAUACA